CCACCGUCCCUCCACAUCCACAACACUACCCAUUUGGUCUCCCUCGCCGUUCCUACUGUACUCUCACUCUGGGAGGCCCUGCUUCCCCAUUAUAUAGAGAGAUACAGCCUUUAUAUAUUCCAGACGGCGUUCUCAUCCAUCCCUGGUGGUGGAGUUGCCGGAACCACCACCAUACGGACCCCUCUCCUCAAUAUGCCUGGGAUCCCCGAACCCGGAGGCUAUCAUUCGGUGCAUAUUAGCCAGAUCGAAACCGCGGAAGAGGAAGAACUACUAGAGGAGGAUGAACAACCUGUACAUCUGGAAUCCGGCGACCUAGAGCCAUCACCUGCUCGAGCCUAUAUCGUGAGAUCAUUAGCUCUACUGUGCGCCUGCUCAUUAAGCAUUGGGAGCCAUUAUGCUUCGUAUAUUUUGGGACCUCUCAAGUCCCGUUUAUCUCGUGAAAUGGGCACGAACAAUACAGAGUUUUCCCUCCUCAUUUCCGCGUUUUCAUUGAACAGCACUUGGACACCUUUAGUGGGAGGCGUAUUAGCCAGUAGGCUAGGCACGACCCUUACCAGUAUACUCGCUACAGGGGUAGUUUUCCUAGGACAAUUACUUCUCCUUAUCGGCAACCUCACCGGAAGCGUUCGCUUGAUGGCCUUCGGGAUGUUUGUCUUCGGAUUCGGUGUCAGCCCGCUUGCUGUCGUACAGGAGACUAUCAUCGUCCGAUUCUUCAAAUCGCAUGGUCUCGGAGUAUCACUCGCUCUUGGUCUGGUAGCAGGCAAAGGCGCAUCAUUUGUCUCCGCACGAACAUCAUACCCUCUAUCACAACGGUUUGGUACCCAUGCUCCAUUUUUCGUCUCUGCAGGGCUCGCCGCGAUGUCCUUUUGCAUCAAUCUCAUAUAUUUAUCUGCUGCCAAAUGGCUUGUUCGUGGCGCCGGCGCAGAAUUGGAGGCUUCGGAAAUACAUGCGGAAGCUAGCAAUCAAGCUUUACAGCAUAGGCGAUCUGGAUCAUUACAGAGCCUAUCCGAGGCGGAGGCUCUGAAGGAAGUAGCAAGGAAACGAAUGGUCAAGCUGAAGGACAUCACCAAACUCGGCGACGUUUUCUGGGCAUACAUUGGCCUGAACAUUUUCUGUGGAGCAAUAUGGGCACCAUUCACUCAUCUCGCAGCCAACGUUAUUCAACGACGUUAUGACAUUUCCGAGUCGAGAGCAGGUGAGGUGGCUUCGUACCUCCUUGCGGGUAGUGUCGUUCUAUACCCUAUUACGGGAUAUAUGGUGGACAUGCUAAAACAUCGUGGAAUCGUCUUACGCUUGUUCACAAUGUCGUCUCUCUUGACCCUGCUGUGUUACGUCUGGCUUGCGUUUCCACCCGAUUUGACUACUACGCCCAUGCCUGCGGUUGUCUCGUUUGCUGCUGGACAUGGCUUUGCCCCUCUGCUGCUGGUCGUUUUGGUGCCAGAGAUUGUGCCGCUCAAAUAUGUGUCAACUACUCUCGGCGCGCAUAAAGCGCUUGAACAAACAGGUUCAACCAUUUUUCAGACGUUAGCUGGCCUCGAACUCGACAUCAAGAGUGGGAAGUCAGCCCCCAAAGCCUUAGAAAUCGAUGGCGACAAGAGAGAUAUCCAGUAUCUGCUCAACGCUUUCGUUAUCCUAAACAUCCUGCAAUUGACAGGUAUUGUCGCGCUCAGAAAACUUGACAAACGGAGAAAAGACUUGGCUUCCCGCCGAGUCAGUGCUCUACUUUCCCCAGUCAUUGAAGAUGAGGACGAGGACCGGGAAGAUACUAGUCCAAAGUCACCCGAGGACGACAAUGCAUGGGAACAUGAAGCAACUAACACGAUAGGCAGAAAGCGAUACAGCACCAUUCGCAGUAUUCGCAGUUUGCGUGGUCGACCGUCGUCUACGUCUUCGCCAGAACAAAGUAUACCGCUCCUACGAAACGAGUCACCUUCUGUCUCGUCUUCAGCCAGAACUAGCCGAUUGAUCACAGAUCCCUCCAACAAUACCCCUCCAAUUCGUGUGUCUAAAGCCGAGGUGCGAAGAGGCAGAAUGUUUGCUAUUUCCAGCGGCGUUUUGAUCGUUCUUGCGUGGGUCCUUUUCAUGGGUACCGCUUGGUUGAGGUUGAGGUCGAGGGAGGAAAGAGGAGAAGUCACCUCUCAUGUCAUCUCAUGAACUACACGUUCCGUAACAUUGGACCUUUGUAUAGUUAUACCUCUGUACCACAUCUGUAUUCCUACUAUAUAUUGCUUUCCAACAUGUAUAGAAUUUACUUCUCAAUGUACCCAAUAACUCAAUUUACGGUGUGCUCCUAAGU